AUGAAUGAUCCUAUGGCGUAUUCUUAAUAAAGAGCUCAGACAGAAACUAAUUCCAUUGGGUUCUCUCGAUCCCUUGAAAAUUUAGAUACAAAUAGUUUGAAAGAGGAUCUAAACAAAAGCAUUGAAUUGGGGCGCAAAAAGCGAAAACAGUUGACUCUUGAUAAUCCUGAGUUUAACAUCAAGCAAGAAAUUGAGGAUUAGAAAUAUAACAUUAAGGUGCAAACCAUCAUUAGGAGGGGAAUAGCAGAUGCUCUAAAGAUGCAAGAAUUAUGUACAAUAUUAAUGUUAAUUAAUAAGUGAAGUUGAAGGUUUCAGCGAAAGACAACAACAACCCUGUUCACAGUCUCUUUAGAUGGUGCAUGCUAAUACUUUAUAAGGAGAAUCCUGAAAUAUAUAAUUGGUCGGAGUUUAAAGUAAGAAUGAGUUUAGAUUUUAUUAGAAAAAAGUUCUUGAAAAGGACAAUGGUCAAGACCUUCGCAAUCGUUUGGGAUAUCAAAGUGUUAUUCACAUAACCUAAUUGGAAGGAGAGAAAACAAAAUAUUUGUUAAAUUUAAAAAAACCAAUUUUAGAACAAAAUAGUAAACCUGAGGAACUGUAGUGGGUACUAUUGAAAAUAUUUGAUAUUGUUGAAAUAAUCUAUAAAACACAUGAGCACGCAAAAAAAAUUAAUUAACUUGUUGAUGAUUUGUUGAUGGUAAAUGAAUUUCAUUAAUCAAUCUAUAGCAAGAGAGCAAAAUCAAGCAAUAUUAAGAGGAAAUCGACAAGGUGAAUUAAGAAAUUCAGGUAGCCAAGACUAGCCUGAAGAGUUUGGAAAGCAAGUCUUUGAAUGAUGAUGAGAUCGUUCAAGAAUGA